UACACUCGUCAAAAAUGACAAAGAACAGCUUCGGUUCUUCUCACACUCGUUAGCCGUAGUGAACGGCGGGGAUCGAACGACCACGAUCGCAGCAAAAUAAAAGAGAAGGAGAAAAACUCGACGACAAUGGCGGAGGUAGUUUCGCUGAUGGACAUCGACGAAGACGACAAUAACCAGAAAGAAAACCACUCUCGAAAGCUAAGCAAGGGCAAAAAUGUCGUCACAACUACCGAUACCAAAGCCACUCCCUGGGUUGAGAAGUACCGCCCUCAAUCCCUCGCCGACGUCGCCGCUCACCGCGACAUUGUCGACACCAUUGACAGGCUUACGAGCGAGAACAGAUUGCCGCAUCUUCUGUUGUAUGGUCCUCCCGGUACGGGCAAAACAUCCACUAUUCUGGCUGUGGCACGGAAGCUUUACGGAGCGCAGUAUCAUAAUAUGAUUCUUGAGCUGAAUGCUUCAGAUGAAAGGGGAAUUGAGGUUGUUAGGCAACAGAUUCAAGAUUUUGCUAGCACUCAAAGCUUCUCAUUUGGGGCAAAGUCAUCAGUAAAGUUGAUUUUACUUGAUGAGGCAGAUGCUAUGACAAAGGAUGCACAAUUUGCCUUGCGUAGAGUUAUCGAGAAAUACACAAAGAACACUAGGUUUGCGCUGAUCUGUAAUCAUGUCAACAAGAUCAUUCCGGCACUACAGUCCAGAUGUACUCGGUUCCGAUUUGCACCUCUUGAUCCUAUUCAUGUCACUGAGCGACUUAAACAUGUUAUAGAGGCUGAAAGGCUUGAUGUACCUGAUAGUGGCUUGGCAGCACUUGUACGGCUUAGCAAUGGUGAUAUGAGAAAGGCUUUAAACAUUUUGCAGUCAACACACAUGGCUUCUCAGCAGAUUACAGAAGAAGCCGUUUAUCUCUGUACUGGAAAUCCGUUGCCUAAAGACAUUGAGCAAAUAUCUUACUGGCUUCUGAAUGAAUCAUUUGCUGAGAGUCUUAAACGGAUAUCUGAAAUCAAGACAAGGAAAGGAUUGGCCUUGGUCGAUAUUGUAAGGGAAGUGACAAUGUUUGUUUUCAAGAUUAAGAUGCCCUCAGAUGUUCGAGUUCAAUUAAUUAAUGACUUGGCUGACAUAGAGUAUCAUUUGAGUUUUGGGUGCAAUGAUAAAUUGCAGCUUGGAUCACUCAUUGCUACUUUCACACGAGCUAGAUCUGCACUGGUUGCCGCAGCAAAGUAGCUGUUUGUCAAGCUUGGGCUUGUUUCUUCUCCUUGCAUUCAUGCAGGAUCUCAAAGAUGUUCUCCUUAUAUGAUUUUGGCCUGACAAAUGUAAAGGGUUUGCUUAUGUAGUCUGUGAGUCCUGAAUACCUAAAGAAUGUAGUUUUGAGAUCGUAAAGGCUGAAGAUAGUUGUUAAAAGUUAAGCUAACCUUCCCUGUAUGUAUUAGGGAUUUUCUCAUCUCAGUUCAAGUUCUUCCUAGUCUCGACCACUUGCAUGUCGGAGCUGCCAUUAGUUAACUACAAGUGCAUACUACCGGAUUGGGAUUAUUUUACUCCAUGUUAUGGGGGAUUAGUUGAUGCAUGUGAAUAUUUUGCUAUCUUAUUGCCUGGAGUAAAAACUUAGGGUG